AUGAUGUACUGGAUUGUGUUUGCCUUGUUCUGUGCUGUGGAGACCUUUUCAGAUGUCUUCCUUUCAUGGUUUCCCUUCUACUAUGAGUUCAAGAUUAUAUUUGUACUAUGGAUGCUUUCCCCCAUGACUCAGGGAUCCAGCUUUCUCUUCAAAAAGUUUGUACAUCCACAGCUGGCUCGCAGGGAAAAGGAUAUAGAUGAACUGAUAGAGCAAGCAAGAAGACAGGGUUAUUCUACAUUUGUUGAUCUAGGAAACCGGGGUAUUAGGGUUAUUAUGAAGUCUGUAAUAUUGGGUCAGUCCAAGCUGGUUGACCAUCUACGUCGAAGCUACAGCACCAGUGAUUUAUCCAAUGAUGGCCACAAUCUGAUGCAGCGGCAUGAGGCCAUUGGUGACCAGGAAGAUGAUGGUGAAGACGAAUUAGACAAUAGACUGUUAGAGGACCAAGAAGAACUGGCCCAACGUUACACACUUUCUGUUUCCAAAGGUAGAGGCUCCACCUCAGGUAUGUCAUUGACCAGUGUGAAAGAAGAAGAAGGUGAGGAUGGUGAACGUGUGAUAACAGAAACCUACGCAAUUCCAGCACCACCUAGACGGCAGUACUCUUUAAGAGAGACGAAACAGAUCAACACAUAUGGAACUGUACCAAGAUCUCGGACAAGAACCACCACCAGGAAGACCAUCCUUCCACCUUGA